AUGAAGCUUUUAGUAGCUUAUUCAUCUGUAGUGCAUAUAGGAGUAAUAGUUUGUGGUAUGUAUACUUAUGUAUAUUUAUUGCAUGUGGAUUAUAUAAGUUUAUUGUUUUUAUUUACUGUUUUAUUUAUUUCUUCAAUAGUAAUACUUUAUAGAUUGAGUUAUAUGAUAGAUGAUUUAUAUAUUAAGCGUUUUAUUUAUUUGGUUUUGUUAUUUAUUUUAUCUAUGUGUAUAAUAAUUAUAAGUCCUAAUAUUAUGAGUAUUUUAUUAGGGUGAGAUGGUUUGGGUUUAAUUUCUUAUUUAUUAGUUAUUUAUUAUCAGAAUUUAAAUGCUUUUAAUUCAGGAAUAUUAACUAUUUUAUGUAAUCGAUUAGGGGAUAUUGGAUUGUUAAUGUUAAUUAUUUUUUGUUCUUCUUUUGGUAGUUGAAAUUUAAUGAUUUAUUCUUGUGAUAAGUUGAUAUUAUUUUUUAUAAUGUUAGCUAUAUUUACUAAAAGUGCACAAGUUCCUUUUUCUUCUUGAUUACCUGCUGCUAUAACAGCUCCUACUCCUGUUUCUUCAUUAGUUCAUUCUUCAACUUUAGUGACUGCUGGAGUAUAUUUAUUUAUUCGUUAUAAUAAUUUAUUUAAUAAUUCUAUAUUUUUACAUUAUGUUUUGUUAUUAUCUAGAUUUACUAUGUUUAUGUCAGGUUUAAUUGCUAAUUUUGAAAUAAAUUUUAAGAAAGUUAUUGCUUUGUCUACUUUAAGACAAUUAGGAUUUAUAAUAAGAAUUUUAAGUAUAGGAUAUGUUGAGUUAGGAUUUUUUCAUUUAAUUGUUCAUGCUUUUUUUAAAUCUAUAAUAUUUAUAUGUGCUGGUGAGUUUAUUCACAUAAAUUUUAAUAAUCAGGAUAUACGGGUAUUUGGAGGUAUAUUUUAUAUGAGUUUAUUAAAGAGUUUAUUUUUUAUUUUUGCUAUUAUAAAUUUAUGUGGAUUUCCUUUUGUAUCGGGAUUUUAUUCUAAGGAUUUAAUUUUAGAAUCUUUUUUUUCUAUAAAAUUUAAUAUUGUUUCUUUGAUUUUAUUAUUUUUUUCUACGGUUUUUACUAUUAGAUAUAGAAUUCGUUUAAUUUAUUGGAUU